UUUUGUAACGUCUUGAAUUUGAAAACUUCAAACGUUAUUCGUUCGUUGUUGCAUUGGUUGUGUUGUAAAUGUAAUUCUAAAAUAAAAAAAUUUUGCAAGACAAGUGCUAUAAUUUUGUGCGUUUAUUACAUGUGACUUUUAUGUGUUUUUUGUGAAAGUGUAGUUUGAGGAAAAUGAUUGCCCUAACCGACGACGUUUACAAAUUAUUUGAUGAAGUCCAGGACAAAAUUGCCCACAAUGUCCGCGUCAUGAUGGAAGAGCUAUGGCUGAACUGGUCGCAUCUAGGAGUCGAGGACUCCACGAAGGUCAACAACAUAAACAAACUGGUGACAAUUGAGACCGAGCUUCACAGAGAUGUCAUUUCGGAGACCAGACAGAAACUCAAAACAAUGCAAGCACAAGUGGACAAACUGAAAGAAGAAACGGAAGAACUAAGCAGAUGUCUUUCGGUGGAUAUUACAAUCAUGGAAUUCAAAGAUGACAUGAUGUUAGCAGAAUACAAGAGAGAAUUGGAAGAUCAGAUUGCAGGAUACAGAGAACAAGUGGAGCAGCGUCGCAUGAAAAUGGAAAGGCUGCUCGAAUGGCAACGCGACCUGGCCGAGAAGCUCGGUGUCACCAUCCAGGAGUUGCAGGAGAUCCCGCUCCCUUCGGAGGAGGAGCUGGACCGGCUGAAGGAUCACCUCGAAGUCUUGCAGGCAGAGAGAGACAAGCGCGCUGAGAUAUUCCUGAACACGCAAGUGGAGAUCAAGGAUAUCAUGGACAAGCUCCAAAUCAAGCCGCAAAACAAGUUCGAGCACAUCGCGGUGACGUCACUGUCUGUAGACUUCAAGGUGACAGACUUGAACAUGGACCGCCUCGCCAAGCUUCAGCAGGAGUUGCAGGAGCGAUUCGAGCAGACCAACAAUAGGGUGCUAGAACUCCGCGAACGCCUGUCCAAGCUGUGGGACUGUCUAGACGAGGACCAGGUGUACCGCGAGAACUUCCUGCACGCGCACCCCGGCUGCCACCCGCGUAGCGAAGCCGCCAUCAAGGACGAGAUCCGCCGCUGCGACCAGAUCAAGAGGCAGAAGAUACAGGUGUUCGUAGCCAACGUCCGUACUAAGAUAAAGCUGAUGUGGGACAGCGUGAUGUAUUCGCCGCAACAGCGCGAGGAGUUCGUGCACUACUUCCAGGACAUCUUCACGGAGGACACGCUCACGUUGCAUGAGCUGUAUUUGGACAAGAUCACCAAGUUCUACAGUGAGAACAAACACAUCUUCGAGCUGGUGAUGACCCGCAAGAACCUUUGGCUGAAGAUGACCGAGUUGGAAGCGCGGGCUACCGAGCCCGGCCGCUACCACAACCGCGGCGGACAGCUGCUGCGGGAAGAGAAGGAACGGAAGGCUAUUGCUAGCAAUUUGCCGAAAAUCGAAGCUCAACUCCGCGAGCUGGUCACAGAGUAUGAAGCUAAGAACGGCACCACCUUCACAGUAGACGGCAAGCCGCUGAUACAGCUGAUUGAAGACGAAUGGGAGAACAGGAAAGCUGAGCGCCACAACAAGCUGUCGGCUCGCAAGCAGGCGCUGACGCCGACGACGCCCCUUCUACGCUCGCUGGCCACGUCGCCGCUCGGCAAGCGCAACCGCACCGCCGCUGGGCUCGCCGCCACUGCUGAGAAGAACAGGCCGUCCAAGCGUCAGCUGAUGACUGGCAGCGCUACCAAAGCUGUCACCACCUUCUCCAACAAUCUGUCUGCCCUCAAGAGGUCUGCCAUAUCCACGGUCAAGAGGCGCAUUAGCGGUCGUCUGGCCACCCGCGCAAUCGUAGAGACUAAGGGCGAUCACGCGAAGCGCAAGUUGGACUACGGAGGAGAACUCAAGAAAACACCCAAAGUCAACGGCAGCAUUCUCAAGCAUAAGCGUACGUCUCACGGCAAGCGGCGCAGCACCUCGCGUCGUUCCACCAACGCGACGGCCUCCAGCCAAGAGGAAGAGCACAAGCACAAAGACCCGCUCAUGGAGACUACGCUGCUCACCACGUACACAGAUUUCAAGGACAACAUCAACGAGAAGCAAAUCAGCCGUAGUUCGAUGGCGAAUACUAGAGGCCACGAGCCGCUCCUCCCCACCAUCGUCUUCUCAGCGAUCGACGAGAAAAAAACGCCCACCACCCCCAAAAAAACUGCAAAAGUUCCCACGCCCCUCACCCCCAAAGUCGGCAAGGAAAACAUCCAACACGUCAACGUGCCUAUAACCCCUAAAAGCAACCUUCUAUACACCCCUACCAGAUUAACGCGAUCAGCUCUGAAGCUAAAUAACGACGGUUUUGCAACUCCAAGAGCGCCGCUGAGUGCGAACAAAGUCAACCUGCAACGACAGAACACGGUGUCAAGUAUGUCAGUGAAAACUACCCCCAAUAACGUCAGCCGGUCGAAGUCACAUACUCAUUUGGUCCGGGCCAAGAAUCUACCGCCGCUUAUUUGAGAUUAAGACUGAUCUCGCGUUCACGUAUUUUGGACUGUUUGUUGGUCGCAAAUAGGUUCAAAAUUGUGUAUCUGUUAUCCAGGUUUAACGUAUCGGCCUUUUCAAAAGAGUCCCUGCGAUUGUUAGUUAUUGAAACCUAUUUAAUUUUGUAAAAGCUUUUAUUGGAAGUCUCUUUUAAAGGUCGAUGAGUUAUAUUUUGAUCAAUAUUCUACUCAUUGCUUGAACUAAGUUAUUUGGCAUUUGAUGAUGUUAACGAUACGACAGGAUGGUGUGAACGUUUGUGAUAUAUUUAAGGCAAUAAUUAAGUUUUCACUGAAUUAACAAUUAAUUGUAAUUAGACAUUGAUAUUUUCUUACGAUUUUAUUAUAAAUACGAUGUUUUAUGUACAAAUGUUUGGCGGUUUUAAUUGAUGACAUUAAUAUAAUCUUUCAUAUGAAUGUAUAUGUGAAUCUCUUUCAUAUAAACGCUUGAUAUUUUUAUGUAGGGUCUAAUUGUUUAUAGUUUGCGUUAUGAGUAUUUAGUUUUGAUUAGUUUAGUAAGUUACGAGUUUUUAUUUUUCAGAAUUUUGUUUUAGAUUAGUUUUGUCUUACUAACACCGUUUGUUUGAUAUUGUGAUAAAAUACUACACUAAAUACACCCUAAUCUAGAUGUGUAAAAUCUGGAAAUAUUUUAAACAUUAAUCUUAUCAUUUAAUAGAGUUAGAAGCUAGGUUGACAUUAGCACAGAUGAUACGCUUCUUAUAUCCAUAAACUGUGGAUGUGUUGAAUUACUUCAGUUAAUAAACUUGAAAGAAAUGAACGAUUGUCCAUGAACUUGUCCAUCACAAUCCUAGAUCAGAUCAGAAAUUGACAUCAUUAAAGUUUGAGUAACCGUUAAGGUCACGUUGAUCGUGAAAGUGUCAAAAGUAACAAAAUUUAAACACAAAAUUCCAGGCAGCUCAAAUUAUUCGAUCACAAAUGACAAAAUGAUACAAUGUACUUAAUUGUAAUCAGUAUUUUGAAUAAUAUAAUCUAAUUCGACGAUUGUUUCUGAAGUACACUCGGCUUCAACACCAUAAUUGCAUUAUAAUCUAUAUUUUAUUACGGCCGAUGUACGGAUUACAAUUUAUUGCGUCAUUUUUAAUUUAGUUUUAAUUUUAAAUGUAAAUUAUGGUUGUAAUAUAUUUGCAUAGUUUAAAC